UUGUUUGUUUAUAAACUGGUGAAGAUAGUUUGGCCAACAUGCCGCAAAGCAGCGUUUGGGAUGGAUCAAUCGAACAAUAAUUAUAAAAUCUUUAUAUAUUAACAUUUUAUGAAUUCAAAUGUUUGAACUAUAAGCAACAGAAAAAUACAUUAUACAUAAUAAUAUAAAACAUAUUAAAAUUUAACGAAGGCAACAUUUUUACAGUUUCUAAUCUCUGUUUCUUAGAUGGCGACACUGUGUUAGUAAAAAAAAAUAUAUGUGAAACAAAACAUUUGCCAUUUACAAAAUAAUUGCUGUAUUUGUAUGCUGCAAUCAUGACACUGACAAAUUUUGAGAUGGAAGUGGAUGAUAAACUUUCUAAAGGUGAAGGUUUCAGACCAUAUUAUAUCACGAAAAUUGAAGAACUUCAACUUAUUGUUGCAGAAAAGAGUCAGAAUUUACGCCGUCUUCAAGCUCAGAGAAAUGAACUUAAUGCAAAAGUGCGCAUGCUGCGCGAGGAGCUGCAGCUGCUGCAGGAGCAGGGCUCCUACGUGGGCGAGGUGGUCAAGCCCAUGGACAAGAAGAAGGUGCUGGUGAAGGUCCACCCCGAGGGCAAGUUCGUGGUCGACCUCGACAAGAACAUAGACAUCAACGACGUGACCGCCAACUCGCGCGUGGCGCUGCGCAACGAGAGCUACACCCUCCACAAGAUCCUGCCCAACAAGGUGGACCCGCUGGUGUCGCUCAUGAUGGUGGAGAAGGUGCCGGACAGCACCUACGAGAUGGUGGGCGGCCUCGACAAGCAGAUCAAGGAGAUCAAGGAGGUGAUCGAGCUGCCCGUCAAGCACCCGGAGCUGUUCGACGCCCUCGGCAUCGCCCAGCCCAAGGGCGUGCUGCUGUACGGCCCGCCGGGCACAGGCAAGACGCUGCUGGCCCGCGCCGUGGCGCACCACACGGAGUGCACCUUCAUCAGAGUGUCCGGCUCGGAGCUCGUCCAGAAGUUCAUAGGCGAGGGCUCCCGCAUGGUGCGAGAGCUGUUCGUCAUGGCCCGAGAGCAUGCUCCAUCCAUCAUCUUCAUGGAUGAGAUCGAUUCUAUUGGGUCCUCUCGCAUCGAGUCUGGGAGUGGGGGGGAUUCCGAGGUCCAGAGGACGAUGUUGGAGCUUCUCAAUCAACUGGAUGGCUUUGAAGCUACCAAGAACAUCAAGGUGAUCAUGGCAACGAACAGAAUAGACAUUCUGGACCCUGCGUUGCUGCGCCCUGGACGUAUCGAUCGCAAGAUAGAGUUCCCGCCACCAAACGAGGAGGCUCGACUGGACAUCCUGAAGAUCCACUCGCGCAAGAUGAACCUGACGCGCGGCAUCAACCUUCGCAAGAUAGCCGAGCUGAUGCCCGGAGCAUCCGGCGCCGAGGUCAAGGGAGUGUGCACGGAGGCCGGAAUGUACGCUCUGAGGGAGCGCAGAGUUCACGUGACUCAGGAGGAUUUCGAGAUGGCUGUAGCCAAGGUCAUGCAGAAAGAUUCUGAGAAGAACAUGUCUAUUAAGAAACUCUGGAAGUGAAUGCAUUUUGCCACAAAAAUUUUCACUAACAAAAUUUGUACUGAAAUAUAAAGUUAAUAAUUUACAAGUUAAGCUUUUAACAUGUAACUUAUUUGAUUCUUCUAGUAUUUUGUUUUAAACAGCAAAUAAAUUACAUUUCAUUCUAUCUUAAUUUUAAAAAAACCUGUUCCUCAUAGAUGUUGUGUGUAACAUAUAUGAUUAAAAGUUAAUGAAAAAAUUGUCCA